CUGGAACGCCCCGCGCGGCGGCCCCCGGAGGGCGCCGUUCCCAUGGUAACUGGAGCUAAAGCAAACGCGGUGGCCAGGAGAUCGCGCGGGAUCUGCACCGCCCGGGCUCGGGAUGAUGACUUGACUCUGGCUGCUGCUGAAGGGUCUCAUCUGCUUCCCCAACAUGUCAGAUGAAAAUAAUCAGCCAUCAGGAGGAGCAUCACCUCCUUACCCUCCCACAACUUCCAGACAUUCUGCACAGACCUUAUCUUCAGAGGAAGAGGAUAAUGAAGGAGAUGAGGAGAGUUCAAGGGGAGAAUCUCUAUUUCCUGAAAAGGAGAAUGUGGAGGUGAAUGAGUAUCUGGAGGAGGAAGAAUUCCUUUCCAACCUAGAGGAAGACCAGUAUCUGGAGGAAGAAACAAAACUGAAAGGAAAGGAUUAUCUGUAUGAACAGAAGUAUCUGAAUAAAGCAAAGUACCUACAGAAGGAAAAGCAUCUAGAAAAAAAAGAACAUCUGCUGGAAAAGUAUCUGGAAAAGGGUGAGUGUCUUGAGGAGAGAGAGUAUGUAGAAAAGGGUAAGUAUCUGAAAGGAAAAGAGCAUCUGGAAGGGAGUGAGCUGGAGGAGGACCUGCCAAAAGACGGUAGCUCCAGUUCCCAACACCCAGGAAAAAACAACAAACAAGAUACAGACAGCCAAAGCUCACACUGUCAACCCUACCCAUGGAACCCGGCUUCUGGCACUGCCCAGGGGACCCUCUGGUCCAGCGGUGCCGCUCCUCCCUUCGCUGCCUCUGCCAGGGAGUCUCCUCUCUCAGACAUGAUGGCUCCCUCAUCGUGCAUGAAAUGGAAUGGAGAAUCUCUGACUUGGCAACACCAGGGCACGCAGACAGAGUGGACCUAUGAGACCAUGUCGGUAUACAUCACCAGCAAAGUCUCACAAAAGGAAGAAAAUGUCAUGGACUUUGUCUCUCAAGGGAGCUGUUUGGAUGGCGUAUUAAAUGAGCCCACUGACAUGCAGGACGGCAAGGACCUUGACAACAGUCUUUUUAACAGCUCCUAUCAGUCAGUGCUUAGGGCCCUGCUGAAAGGCUCGGCGACUUGCAGUGAACUGGAAGAGGAUAUUGACAUUCCCCUGACUGGGCAUCUGGACAGCGAAGCCAGAAGGAAGCUGGGAAGUCUACUCUAUGGCAGUGGCACCAAGGAACAGGCCAUGGGGGCUGAGGUGCUCUGCAUGCAAAAACCAGAGAGAUUGACUGCCCGCAACUUCUACUUUGGGCUCAGUAGAAUCCUGAGGCCAGAGACCCCUGAGACUUCUCUAGGAAAGAGGAAGCCCAAGCACGGGCCAGGCACCCCUGCCCAGGGCCUCAGUACCCCAGCUCUCAGCCAACCAGUGCCCCACCUGGAAGUGCCCUUGUGCACUGGACACGUGCCUUCCCGCAGAAGCCGCCUCAACCUCCAGGCCUGGUUAGGUCCAGGCUGUGAGCUCUCGUGGCUCCGGUUUACCCAGAUGAAAUUAGAAACCAGCCCCCAUACCCGGAGGGCAGGGAGAGACCCGAGAAAGAGGCAGCCAGCUCCAGAGGGGCAGGAGGCAGGCUUCGCAAGCAAGGGAGCCCGUUUACCAGGCUUGCCCGGGGCCGCUGUAAGGCAAGUGGCCCCCGGAAUCACAGGUUUACAGAGUCCUUCACUGGGCUCCGCCACUAUUCAGUCCUGCCCACUCGACAACACAUUCGUCUCUCAGGGCUGCAUCCUUGAAGACGGCUUCCUCCGAGGGAACAGAGGGCAGAACUUAAAUUCAACGCCAGGGGCAGAGCCUCUGAUAGCCCAGAUGCUGCUCAAGGGUCAACCAGAGGUCACGUCCUCUCAUGACCUCUUCCCAUGCUGUGUUGACCGCAGUGGUGCAACAAGAGAGAGAAAUCUAAGUUUCCUUUUCUUUUCUACCAAAGACUUAUUCAGCCCCCAAAUUGUAGAGAUACCUACUUUCACAUUUCAUUUACCGAGUCAACCACCAAAAGAAGAAGAGGAGUCUGAGACAGAAGUCAAAAAAUCUCAUCGUACUGUUCGCCGAAAGGAAAAAUUAGAAGUAGAUACAGAAUGGAUAAAGAGCAAGACUGAGGUACAAGAAGGUGAUGGAAAAUUAAUUCUCUACCCCAGUGAGAAUGUCUUCCAAAUUAUCUUUCAUGAUGGAUCAGGCCAGAUCCAUUAUCCAUCAGGUAAUGUGGCUCUGCUCAUCCUCAGUACGAAAGAGAGAGAGCUCACAUAUAUCAUUCUGGAAGACAGUGAAGAAAUGUGUUUCCGGGCCUUUGUCAACAACUCUGGCCAUGCCACUUUCUAUGAUGAAAACGGAGAAAUCUGGUUGAGCCUGAGCCGAAACCUGGGCUACUACUUCAACAAAAGCAAACGGCAAAAGGCCUGGAACUGGUGGAAUCUCAAUGUUCACGCCCACGCACCCCCUGUCCAGUCCAUCUCCUUGAAAAUCAACCGGUACAUCGAGGUAAAAAUAACGGGCCAGGAUAAGAUCAUCUUCCGCUUCGUCCACCAGAAGAAGCACAUUUGCUUAAACCUGGGCACCAAGUACAAGUUGAUACUCCCAGAGAUGCUGAGUGAGAUGCAACAGAAAGCAGUCCUGGACAUGGAAUCUGGUUCAACAGCUCUCAAGAUCCACAUCCUUCUGGGAAAAAUGAGUAAAAUCCUGAAUUUCCUGACCAUCUCUGAUUUGGAAAUCUUCAUCAAAGCUGCCAAGAUCUUGCUAGCAAGCACUAUGAGUAUGACGAAGAAGUCGCUCCUGCCAGACUAAGGCAGCCACCAGCCUGUCCUAGGGCUUCGCCAGCACCUACUGCCUUUUUCAGGAGGGUGCAGUGGUCAGCAGUGCCGAGCAGCACCCUAAAGCCCUUUUUAUGUCUUGUUGACAGUUGGCUUGUAAUUUGACCCAUCACAGCUCCUUGGUUUGAAAAAAAAAAAAAAGUUUGGGAGGAGGCUGACAGCAUCUGUGCUUGAAAAGACUAAAUAAUCAGAAACUACUAAGUUCAGCCCUGACCUGACAACAUUAAAAGCAAGUUAUUUGUUAGGCAACACAUGUCAAGACCUGCCCUGCCUGCUUCCACUCAUCUCUGGAAUGCAAUUCUUGCUCAGCCCUCCCGUGUUUGGGUGACUCAGGAUCUGACUGUCUCAGAGCCGAGCCCCACCAGCUCUUGGCUGUGUGACCAUAGGCAAGUAGUUCUAUGCUUGUUUCCUCAUCAGUGAAAGGAGUCUAGAGAUAAUACCCCAGGAGGCCCUCACUAAUCGCCACCUCAUCACAAACACCCGACCUUCCGUCCCUGCCAAGGCAGAGGGAAACCCAGACAGGAAACCGACACCAGCCUGCAGCAAGGUCCCCAAAGCAGGGGCUGGCUGGGAGCUCAAAAAGGCCCGCCCCCAAGCCCCCUCUGGUAGCCGGGACCCUUUUGCUUGCUGGUAACAGUCACCAAUUCAAGCAGGGAACGCGAAAUGGGAAGUGAGCACUGCAGAUGGGAGGUACAGAGGGCCUUAGGGAGGACUGGGGUACAGGCUCCUCCAGGGUCAGGAGGGCUUUGUUCUCUUCGUGGCAACACUCGUCUUGCUCUGAAGACAUAUUUUCUGUGCAUCUCAGGUCACGCAGCUUUGUCUCUCAAAAGACCUGACUGGCCUGGCGUGAUCAGGAGGCCGUGAUGGAGCGAGGAGUUCUGUAAACAUGGCUCCUAGUUGAAGCCUGAGCACGGGGAAGGACAGUGGUUUCCAGAGAAGGGAUACUCAGGAGCUGGGCAGCCCCCUCUCCGUGUGCCUUUCAUACAUCCCGGGGACCCUGCAAACUUCCCAGGCUGGCCUCGUGGCAGCCUAAACGAAGACCAGUAUAGGGAACCCCUUCUUCCCAGCCCAUUCUAGCAAUUAGCCAUCCCAGCUGUCAAUAGUGACACCACGCCCCACCUCCGAGGCCCUGCUCUCCUACUGAUCUCACCCGCCUGCCACCAGCCUUCACCAAAACCUCGUCAUCACCACAAACUGUGGGAACUGAGCAGCUGAGCUGGUUCUAGCAUAGUAGUAACU